AUGCUGGGCACACAGUGGACUCUCGCACGGUGUCUUCUGCCAUCACACCCUGACCCAGGGCUGGCCGGGAGCCUUCGGGGCGACAGCUCUGAGGAUGGACGUAGGGGCCGGCUGCUGCCCCAGAGUCCUGCCCCCUGCAGCCCUGUGUGGAGCCCUGGGACUCCUGUGGGUGGGCCUCACCCUGCUGGGGACGGUCCAGCCACAGCGCCAGGGCCCCCAGAGGGGCCUGAACUUGCCUUUCCACAAGAUCUGUCUCCAGCCUGGCCUCAGAAAGGAGCGGGGACCCACCCUGCAAACGCUGGGCCAGGACCCCUGUCCCAGAGAAGCAGCCAGCUCAGAACCCCCUUGGAGGCCGGGAGGAAGUGGGGUUGGAAAAUGACGAGAUGGACGCUAUGCCGAGACCAAGCACCAGGAGAAGGGACCCAGGCCAAGCUGCUCAAUCUCUGCUUCUCCCUCCUCUCACUCUAGCCCCUCUGUGAUUCUCUGCCUGGGCCGGCCACCCUCUGUCCUGAGGACACUGGAGCCUGGCCCGGCCCUUGGCGGCCCCACCCUCACCGCCCAUCCCAGCCUCACUGGUGCCCCCUCCCCGUGGGAGGCUCAAUCACACCUGCCCCCACGACCCCAUCAGAAAUAAACAGUCUGUGCCA